ACGUCCGCCGUCGUCGACAACCUAUUUUCGGCCAUUGUACACACGACGAACGUCGUACCGUCGGCCCCGCGCGCCACGACCGGUGAACGCACACGCGCUCGCGCACAUACACACACACACAUAACCUCGCGGACGUACGGCGCGCCACACGGCCGUGGCCGUCGGCGGAAAAUCGGUUUACGUUUUACGCACACGCACACGCGCCGGCGAACGGACGACGACGGCAGCAGCAGCAGUCGGCGGGGGUCUUGGCGGCCGCACGCCAGUCGUCGACGGACGUAAUAUCGCGGACGGACGACACCGGGGGAAACCGGAGACGUCGACAGCGACGACGGGACCGCCGCCGAUCGCGCUCGCGUUUUUUUCCCGGUGUCGGCGGACCAGCGACAAAUAAUUUUAACGAUAAAUAAUGACGACGACGAUCGGAGCGCGCCAUCGCGUAGACCACGGAAACAGACGAUCACGUACGGUACUCGUAACAACAUAAAGAUAUUGUGCAAACUUCAAAUUACGCCAGUGCGUUAACAAAUAAUAAGUUUAAAAUGAAUUCAUAGUACGUAUUACCACCUAUUGGAUAACAUGGCCGGACGUAUAGUCACAGGCACUAUAAGGGCAGUAGCUGGAAGUAGAAAACCUAUUAAAGCUGCUCUUACCUUGACACCAUCGGCUGUUGAUCAACUAAAAAAGAUUCUCUCUGGAAAAUCAGACUGUAUUGGUCUUAAAAUUGGUGUUAAACAACGAGGAUGCAAUGGUCUAAGUUAUACGCUAGACUAUGCUAGUGAAAAACAUAAAUUAGAUGAAGAAGUUGUUCAAGAUGGAAUACGUGUGUUUAUUGAUAGAAAAGCUCAGUUGACAUUACUUGGAACUGAAAUGGACUUUGUUCAAUCCAAAUUGUCUUCAGAAUUUGUGUUUUAUAAUCCUAACAUAAAGGGAACUUGUGGGUGUGGUGAAAGUUUUAACAUCUAAACUUAAGAAGUUUCAUAAGAGUUUAAAUAAAAGAGAAAAAACAAGAUUGGUAUACAGUGAGUGGAUGAAUAGUCAAUACCAUUAACAUAGUUUUUCAUUUCAAUUAGAUGCAGUAAACUUAUAUUGUUAUCAAUGAUUUAUGUGUUGUACUGUUACUAUUUGACAAUGUGAAUUGUUAUUUAUUUCAAUUAUUAAAAUUGUUAUGUUUAUUAAAUCUAA